AUGUUAAGAUGGAGUUUCCUCUUGUUGCUGUUAUUUUUGCUAGGCAUCGAGACGAAUCCCUCACCAACAACAGUGGCCAAAUUGAAUAGCCACGAGGAGAUCGUUCAAUAUUUCUAUGUGCUUUUUCCAAAAAGAGAGCAACGUCCCUACAUCCCGUCAUUGCUCGUUCCCUAUAUGGCGCCAUCACCACAUCAAAAGGCAUUGGCUUUCUUCUUGCCUGGCCCACUAGCCGAAUGGGUACAAACGCAUAACCCUUUCGAGGAUCCUCAAGAAUUCGAGAAAAAUCCCCCGUUCAAUGUGGGUCAAUAUCCGGCGAUUCCUCUAAAAGAUCUUCCACCGAUUCCACGAGAAAUUGCUCGGCAAAUGCAGCUCCGUGUCGAGGAAACAUUCGAUCAACAAGCGAAUGGAGAAAUCAGGGGAACGGUAAAAGAUUUACGCCAAAAGUGGGAACAAGGGGGAAAAGAUGAGGUUGAGCAGAUAUUGGCCGAUCCGGAGCUCUCUGAUGAACAAAUCGAGAAAAUGUUGAAAGAAUUGGUGCCUGAUGAAUCGAGAAGAAUGAUGUCAGCCGGGAAAACGCAUCAGGUAAUCGAAGCUCUCGACCUUUCAACUUUAAAAGAAAACGGUAUCGAAGAGAUUCAAUCACCUCCAUCAAUGAAAAACAAAAGGAAAUCUUUAAAGAAAAGAAGGAGAAGAAAGAAGAAACUUUCCCAAAACAUCACAACGACAACAGAAGCAAUUCCCGUCACACUGCCGGAAGUGGCAAGUUUUUCCGAAACCACGACAACAAGCUCACCAAAUGUCUCAACAACUGAGAUCGAGAAAAAAGUGAAACGAAUGCGAAUCAAGAGGAUUGGAAAGAAAUUUCAGGUGAUUAUAGAGAUUCUU